CCAAUUCCGUACCGUAAACGGGCACUAAAACUAUACGUACGCAGCAAAAUAUACCUCAUUUCAAUCAUUUAUUACUCAGUUAACCUUCAUCGUGUCCCUACUGUACUUGUUAUUCAAUAUGGACUUUCCUGAGCUAGAGCGGGGUAGAAAACGUAAGCUGUCCGAUGUCCGGGUAUCCAAUUGUUUCAAGAAAUACAAACGCCGUAAACAUUUCCACAAUGCGGCAUCAAAACUGCCGAAUGAAAGAGAAAAUAUCCCCGGUUCUGAAAGUAGAGGUCACUGCAAUGGCUGCUUAUGUCCACAUCCCAGCUCGCUCGACGUCGGUUAUUCCAAAUGCUCGGAUGCUAUUCGAUCUUUAGCAGCCGAGUGCGCGAAAACAGAGGAACAGCUGCAAUCGCAGCUGCAUACACUGAAGCUGCAAUUGGAGUCAAAAGACAGUUACAGAGGGAAAAACAUGAUCCCCACAGUUUUACAUCGUCUACGAGAGUACAUGGACACCUCGAAAAAGUUGCACAAGCGUCUUAUUGAAAAGGAGCAGGAAACUAGGCAAACCGAGCCUUUGGGCAUGGUCAACCACACCCAGCACUUACGCAUUGGCAAAGAUGAUAGCUUUGAGUCAGCCAAGGGGUCUCAUGACCAUCACGAGUCAGUUCACAAACACGACUUGGUGGAAGCUAUGGCAGACGCAGCAAAGAAAGUGAUGGAAGCCCUGCACUCUUUAGUCAACAACAUGAGCGACGAAAAAUUCAAAUCGGCGUUUGACUUCGAAAAGACCUUCAAUCGAGAGAUUUUGCCAUCAACAUUUGCCUACGCUCUUCCCAUCAAAGCACUUCUGGACAUGUGCCCGUUGGUGCUCUUCGAGGCAGACUCCGUCGGGAAGCGAAAACACGAGAAAAAUCUACGCAAGGAAGCAACUCCCAUUCGGGACUCGAUUCUGAAGCGCAACGAAUACCUCAAAACACGGGAACACCGCAUCGCUGAGAUACGGAAAUACCUCAAACAAACACGCCGCAAUUCUGCUCAUCAACUCCUUUCCAACCUAAACGCAUCAACCAAGGAUCUCUCGGUUCAAUACUGGCCGCAUGCGACGAUUCCGUUCCAGAUCGACGAGAAUUUCUCCGCACACGAGCGGCGAAAAAUAAUCCGAGCUAUGAACAUUUUCAACAAACGCACGGCUGUCAAUUUCGUCCCCAAGUCGGAACAAGAUGCAAACUACGUUCAUGUCCGCCUCGGAAAAGACGACGAACUCUGUUCAUCAAAUAUCGGCAUGUUGGGAGGAAUGCAAGAAAUUGUGCUGAACAAGCUCUGCAUGGGCCACGGAUCCAUUUUGCACGAACUCAACCACGUUGUCGGGUUUGAACAUGAGCACUCUCGAAGUGAUCGGGACAAGUAUGUUCAUAUUAACUGGGACAUGGUGAUGGAGGGAGCCGAGAAGAAUUUUCAGCGACACGAGAAACGCGACGUGCUGUCUUAUGAUUACUACAGUAUCAUGCAUUACCCCUGUGACGCUUUUUCGAGGGAUGAGAAACAACCAACAAUUAUUCCGAGAGAUUCGAAGGUUGAAAUACGAAAACUCGGGCAACGGAGAACCCUUUCGCAUUUGGACGUUGAAAAAAUCAAUUGGAUAUACGCGGGAAAUCUCGAGACCCGCUAUGAAUUUGGAAAUAAAAGUUCUUCAUGAGAUACA